AUAUUCGUCGGUUGAGGAAAGCAGAGCCUUGGGGACGCUCCGCUUCCCCACGCCUCCCCACUACAACGCAAAAGCCCAAAAGAGAUUUGCUAACUUCGAAAUAUUUUAUUAAUUUAUUUUCGGUGGAACAAUGUUAUCCAAUAAAAUCAAAAUCCAAUAAAAUCAAAAUCCUGAAACACCGCAACACAAUCCCGACAUCCAUCGUCCCAAGCAAAAGCAGGACUGAAGCGCCACGCCUCUGCCUGUCUCCAAUUAUUAUUAUAUACAUGGAAGAUUGCAGAAACCCCCAUCACCCCCCCCCAUCUCCCUCCAAACCCCCUCGCGCUCCUCGUUCCAUUCCUUUAAUUCCUUAAAUUCUGCAAUUCUUUAAUCCAUUCUCUUGUCCUUCACGAGUACGAUACUCCUCGCUUCAACCCAAUCCUCUCCCUCUCUCUAUCAGUGCUGGUUUACUUGAAAGCUUCUGUUUUCUUGCUUGCUAUGGCUUCUUUAACCUCAAUUUCCCAAUCCCACAGUUUUCCCAACAAACCCAGAUGGAAAAGUCCGCACCCACCAUCACCCAGCACAGUCUUCAUCCCUUUUUCCAUUGCGAAGCCCUGCUUCGCCUUUAGGGUUUCGACGACGAGCAACCCCUCUGCGCGCGGGGUCGCGGAUAUGCCCCCGAAGCUAGUGGUGGUGGCGGCCACCACCGUCGAGAAGCCGAAGAAGCGUUACCCCGGUGAAGCGAAGGGGUUCGUGGAGGAGAUGAGGUUUGUGGCCAUGAAAUUGCACACCAGAGACCAGGCCAAAGAGGGCGAGAAGGAGCCGCAGGGGCAGCCCGUCGCCAAAUGGGAGCCCUCAACCGAAGGGUACUUGAGGUUUCUUGUGGACAGCAAAUUGGUGUACGAUACCCUUGAAGGAAUCAUCGAUAGGGCAGCUUUUCCUUCCUACUCUGAGUUCCGAAACACAGGAUUAGAAAGGUCAGAAAAAUUGGCUAAAGAUUUGGAGUGGUUCAAAGAGCAAGGCCAUGAAAUUCCAGAACCUUCUUCUCCUGGUAUUUCUUACUCUCUUUACCUCAAAGAAUUAUCGGAGAAGGAUCCUCAGGCAUUCCUUUGCCACUUUUACAAUAUAUACUUUGCCCAUACAGCGGGUGGUCGAAUGAUUGGGAAAAAGGUUGCUGAAAAAUUACUUGACAAGAAGGAACUGGAAUUCUAUAAAUGGGAUGGUGACCUUUCUGAACUGUUGCGGAAUGUGAGGGAGAAGCUAAAUAGAGUUGCUGAAAGCUGGAAUCGAGAGGAGAAGAACCAUUGUUUGGAAGAGACCGAGAAGUCAUUCAAGUACUCGGGGGACAUUCUCCGAUUAAUAUUGUCAUGAUUUAUGAAUGGUGAUGUACAGAAUUACUGCUGCCUUCUUUUAAAUGUUGUAUAAGAACUGGCACAAUCCAAAACAUUCCUGCUUACAUUCUUACUAA